AUGCGCUACAAGAUUUUUGAGCAGAUGAACCUUACAGGAUUCAACUGUCCUCAUCAGACAUACAAGUCGGCAUCAAUUGCAAGUGAAGACUUAGCGUACAGGCAAAUUCGUCAAAACAGAAAUCUGAUCGAUAUGGGGACACAGACUACAGUCUCCAACGAACAAUGCAUAAGUGAAGAAUCCGAGCUACAACUCGUCAAGGAACACUUGAGGAACGCGGAAAACAAUAUUGCUUACCUUUCAGAUAGGGUGAUGACCUACAGAGAUAGAUGGCUAGAAGAAUACUACCGCGCCGAUAACCUCGAACACCACAUGCCCUCUAACAUCCACGUGGCUUACCCCCCUCAAAUUCCGUACGGUGCUCCCUCUCCUACGUUCUUUUCCAGAAGCUUGGACGGUGAUGAUGAGUAUUAG